CUAUCGAUAAGCAACGUUAAGGUAAUGUAUCGAUAGUGACUCUGCUUCUUCCUCUUCUUUUCCGCUGAACUGUCAGAAACUUGAUAAUUCGCAAUGGCCAAGUCCAAGAAUCACACAAAUCAUAACCAGAACAAGAAGGCUCACCGCAAUGGCAUCAAGCGCCCACUGCGUAAGCGCCACGAGUCCACCCUGGGUAUGGAUGUCAAGUUCCUGAUCAAUCAGCGUUAUGCCCGCAAGGGAAAUCUUUCCCGCGAGGAGUCAGUGAAGCGUUACAACGAGCGCAUUGCUGCCCAGCAAGGCAAGCCCAAGCCCGUUAAAUUGUAAAUUCCAGGUCGCAUUCGUUCUAUGUUUUGAGUGAAUAUCGCGUCUUAGAAUAAAUGAAAAAAACUUUUUAACAAAUGCA